AUGGACGACACAGAACUCCCCUUCACCAUCCCCACCCAUCCCCCCUUAUCCCCAAACACAACCUCCCUCCUCCCAACCCCCGUUCCCCUCCCAUGCCCUCUCCCGCCCGCCCUCGACACCCUCUUCCACGCCGAACACGGUCAGCUUUUCAACCUCAGCGGCCUACGCACCUCCGAGUCCCUCAUCCUCCAGGCCCUCGACCCUUACUCCCCAUCCCGUUCCCCCAACAACGGCUUCGUACACAUCAACGAAGCAAACUGGCACAGCAUCUUCCACCGCAGCAGGUGGGCCAGCACCACCUGCCACAUCGCCAACGCGCCGCUGCACAUCGACGACGACGCUGCGUGGAGCCGCAUCGCCCCCGCGAUCGAGCUCGCGGACAGGAUGCUGCAGCAGGCGCUCUCGCACCACUGGCUGCUCGCGAUGCUGGGCACGGAGGGGCGUGAGGCGGUGCGCGGGGUCGAGGCGACGGUUGAUGGGCGGAGGUAUCCCAACGCGACGAUCUACCGCGCGGUUCCUGGUCCGGUUACGCAUGAAGACCGCGCGCAGGCGCUGAAGGUGCUGGAUGAGAUUGCUGGGAGUGUGUUUUGGGGGUUUCAUCACGAGGACGAGGCGCCGGGGCUUUUGGGCAAGACGGACACGAUAAUGAAUGGAGAGCGGAAGUAUCAUUGGUGCACGGUGGAGUUGAAGCUGGUUGAGAGGAUGUGUGAAGGGACGGAGGGGGAGAGGAGGGUUGCUGGUGUUGAGGUCGCUGUUAUUUUCUUCAACAACGAACGCUGGGCCGAAGCAGGCUACUCCUUCGAAACCGCCUUCCUCGGCACCGUCCUCCGCAACACCUGGCCCAGUCCCCGCUCCCGCCGCAAAGCGUACCACGCCCUCCGCGCGCCGCGUCCGGAGACGCCCGCCGCGGGGCAGUUCCAGUACUACGGCGGCUGGGCGCCCGACGACCCGUUCGUCGAGGAGCGCGCGGGCGUGCCGGGGCGGGUGCUGUGGGAGAUGACCCGCGAGGACUUCUGGGGGCGGAGGCUUGUGAUGGAGUUUGAGGCUGCGAUGAGGGAUAUGAGGGCAAAGAUGGAUAAGUUCCCUUUGGAUGAUGUUUGGUUGGACUUCGGGUUCCGGAUGCCAGAAUACAGCGGGGAGGUGUUCUUCCCCGUUGGGUAUCAGGAUGAGCGGGUUGAUGAUGAAGAUGCUGACUUGCCCAGCUGGGCCAUUGCAAGGUCUGGUAUUGCUGGAGAGGAGGUCGCAAACACACCAAUUAAGCAUUACUCGCCUGGCGAGAUUGGAGACCUCCAGUCGCUGGGACCAGGGAGGAAAGUCGUCUUAUGGCAAGACGAAGACAAGAUGGAGGUCCAGGUCUACAACGUCACCGAGAUGUUUCCUGACGGCUGGGACUACGAUGCCAGGGAAGUCUUCACUACUCCCGGUUCACGAGGACGCAUGCUCUCUCCGAACCUCGAGGCGAACAUCCUCUCCCAAGUCCUCAGCCAAGAACCCCUCGGCCAGGCAAUGCUCCGGCGCCAAGCAGAAGACGUCCGCAUCAACGACGGCAACGAGGGCAGACCAAACUGGAUCGCCCUCGGAGUCGAAGUCUUCGACAUCACAAACUUGCACCUCUCCCCAGACCUCCACGCCCUCCAACACAUCCUCUCCCGCACCCGAAACCCCGUCGACGCAAUCGACGCCGGCUUCCACCCAGACCUGAUCCUCACCAACCUCCUCCCGUACAAGAUCGGCUGGCUGCGCGACGAGGUGCCCGGCCCGCGGCGGCGAGACCGCGUGUUCACGCCCAGCGAGGUGAAGUGGUUCGCGUCCCGCGAGACGGGGAUGUACGUCGUCAUCAACGGCAGCGUCUACGAUUUCACCGGAUACUGCGACAUGCACCCCGGCGGCGCGUACCUCAUCUCCCAGCUCGCCGGCCAAGACGCCACCGAGGCCUGGAGGCAAGCCCAUGGGCAUGGCGGAUCUGUCUCCGGGCUGGACGUACGUGCCGCGCUGGAGGAGUUGCGGAUCGGACGCGUGGUGAUGGAGAAGCCGCCGACCGAGCCGCUCUCGUCCUCGCAGAUCCGGAUUCGGGACUGUGUUUUCGGGCGGGAAAACAUCAAGCCUGAGCAGACCCAGGCACUCAACGAUCUUGGACCAUACUGGGGCACAGAUUGCACACCACACCUCGAGGCACAGAACCCGCACUGGGUGCUGACGAAGCUUUGGGACACACGCGACUUCAUCGUCGCCAAGAUCGCAUCACGCCCAGAAGAGUUCCCAAUGACGCAAACUGCUUUGCGGGAAUUCAAUGGGAGAGAGACGGCCCUAGGUUUCCGCGAGGCAUACAUCUCUGACGGGACGUUCAUCUACAACAUAACCACGUUCAUCAGAUACACCCACCCAUCACCACUCACCUCAUCCCUCCUCACCCGCGCCGGGAAAACCCUGAGCUCCUCACCAUACGACGCCGAGUUGCGAACAUGGCUACAAACCUCCUGCCGCCACCGCAUCAUCGCACAACACGACCAUCGACACCCCAACCCCGGCACCGGCAAUCCCCGCUGGAAAACCGACGUCCAACGCGUCCCCCGCGCCCCAGCUCCCGGCCACUUCCCCAAAGUCAUCAAAGCCGCCAAGGUCGAGAUGACCUGGGCGAGGGCACUGCAGGGCGACGCGGCGUCUCCCGGUCCCAAGAGCGACGUCAGACCGACGCAGGCGCCUCCGAAGACGCGGGCGCGAGGAGGUGGGACAGGGGAUCUCGGCAGCGCGGUUGGAAAUGGCAGAGUGGAGGAGCUCGUGCUUCCUUUGUUGAACGAAAAGCCGCAAUCGGUGGAUGGGGAUGUUGUCAUGGAGGGUGUACAACCUGACGGGUGGACCGUCGUUGGGAAAAAGGGCCGCAGGCGGACGCGGAAAAGACGCUGA